UCUUUGAAAACAUGUAACUUGGGGGUUUUCUUGGUGUCGUCAUGUUGUGUUUGUGCCCUUUGACUCGCCGAAUAAUGACUAAGGCGUAAGCUAUAGUGAGUGGGUGGGUGGGGGAGCUUCCGUUUUUGAGCAACAGUGAACAGUGUUGUGAACUGUUAACGGAACGUAGUUUGUUUCAUUUGGACUAGCGUCCUCCUGUGAGCGCGGCUGCACAGAUGGACGCCUCCACUUUACUCUACGAUGUCCCUCCGGCUGUCGUCCAAAGGUUCUGUGAAAUCAUGGACAGUGGGGAUGACAGGUUCGGGUGGCGUGGACUAGCUGUCCGAGUCGUCCCCAGCUUGUUAGAAGUUCGCAUGUUGGAGCGCAUGGAGACAGCAGGUCGCAGCCCCACUAGGGAGCUGCUGUGGUCCUGGGCCCAGCAGAAUUCAACAGUGCGAGACCUGGUUAAGAUUCUGCAGGACAUGGGCCACCUCAGGGCCCUGCAGCUCUUCCGGGGUCAAGCUCAAGUGAACUCAAUCACUUUCCAGGACAUCAUAGAAGGAACCAGACAUUUUCAUGAUGAAAUGAGAAUUGCAGAGGGCCCCUUUUCUGAUGUCUACAGAGCACAGAUGGGAAGUAGAACAUUUGCAGUCAAGGUUUUUAAACAGAUAAAUCAGACAUCAUGGAAGAAGCUGUGGGAUAUCUUCAGAAAAGAAGUGGAAAUUCAUCAUUUGUACCAGCAUCCAAAUAUCUUAGACCUGUGCUGUUUUUCUGGUGAGGACCGCUACUGUCUGGUCUAUCCUCACCUCCCCAAUGGAUCGCUCUUCCACAGACUACACUAUCAGGAUGGAAAGCCCCCUCUGUCUUGGCAAGAGCGUCUGACCAUCAUCAAGGGAAUUGCAAAGGCCUUGCAUCACCUCCAUACAGCCCAGCCCUGCCCAGUGAUCUGUGGCAACAUCUCCAGUGCAAACAUACUCUUGGAUGAUGCCCUGCAGGCCAGGCUGUCUAACUUUGAGUUGGCUCAUCUCCGUCCUCAUUCAGCCAAUCAGAACUUUACCGUCACUCUGGAUACGGGUCCUCACAGCAACCUGGGAUACCUCCCGGAGGAGUACAUCCGAGAUGGCAAGCUGUCCUUCAGCCUGGAUGUUUACAGCUUUGGAAUGGUCACAAUGGAAACGGUAACAGGACGGAAGGUCAUAGAGGACGUACCGAAACAUACACAGCUGAGAGAUUUGCUAGUCUCUGAGGUGGAGGACAGUGGUGGUGUGGACUCUUGUCUGCAGUACGUGGAUGUGGCGGCCGGCCGGUGGCCGACUGCUGUGGCCCUCAGCCUUCUGGGUCUGGCCUUGGACUGCACUGCUAGCCGCCACCGCAACAGACCAAGCAUGGAGAAUGUACUUCUGGCACUGAGCAAGCUGCUUCCUCCACCUAGCUGCCCCCCUGCCGACCAACCCCAUAGCCUGGAUAGCGGAGCCCAUAUAAUUCCCCAGCAGAGCCCUUUAUCCUCCAUACCUGUGGAGCACGAUGAGCAGCAGAGCCUCCAUUGUUCUCCAACACGAGCAGGGCCCUGUGAAUGCAGCCAGUCAGAGGUGACCUAUCUGAGUGACACUGUGGAUUCUCAUGGUGAGGUAGACCUGUACUGCAGCUGGCCUGUACAGUGCAGCUGCACAGCAGAGAACGGCAGUCUGGCCUGUGAGGACUGCAGGGCCAACAGCUUCAUUCUCAACCACAGGCAGGGCUCGGAGUAAGUGUUGUUAAGAUAUUCAGAUUCACAUCACAGAAGCAGGUAAGACUCUGUGGAUCUUGCUCACCAAACCGGCUUAGGAUCACAUUUGAUGGUAUGUCAAAAUUCUCCAAAUCCACGGACCGAUUUGACUUUUGAUUUUAAGGUCAAGAUUUGAUAAAAAAACAUUUUCAGCGUCUGCCAUAUCAAAUAAAAUAUGAUGUUGCAGAUUUGUCUGGUUCCCAGGCUAAGGGAUUGUUAGACUAUCAAAUCUUGUUCAACAGAUCACACUUGAUACCAUAUAGGCUAUGUUUUUAAAGAAGAAAAUUAAAAUUUUCAGGGCAUAAAACAAAUGAUCUAACUACCAUAUUUUGGGAUAUAAUGUUCCACAUUAUGGCCGUAUGGUAGAACCAUUUAUUUAAAGAGGUGGUAUUAUGCAUUUUGGCUUUCUCCCUCUCCUUUAUUGAGUUAUAUAUCUUUUUUGUGCAUGUAACAGGUUUGCAAAGUGAAAAAGUCCAGCCCAAAGGGAGUUCCCAU